AUGCAGGAGUGUGGGCGAGGGUGCCUGCAGGUCCUGACAUGCGGUCUGAUGACGUACGGCAAGGCCAGGCCCCCGCCAUGGAGCGAGCCCCUGCUGGGCCCGGGCGCAUACCCCCAGUCGACGCACCCGGCGGAUGCACCCCCCAAGCUCCAGGACAUGCACGGCAGCCCUACGAAGACGGACGCCUACCUCCGCACUCACAACAUCCUGGGGCGCGGCCACUCUGACCUUGAGGCCCGAUACCAGCUGGGCCGGGUGCUGGGCCGGGGCGCCGACGGCGUCGUGCGCGAGGCGGUGCACCUAGUCAAGGAGACGCGGCACGCGUGCAAGACCAUCUACAAGGGCUGGCUGCGCCGCCGCUCGCAGGUGGAGGGCCUGCGCCGCGAAGUCCACAUCCUGCAGGUGGGUCUUGAGCACCCCUGGGUGACGGGGCAGCAGAGCGCCGAGCCCCUGCCGCCCAUCGUGCACGAGCGCCUGAAAGACUUUGCCACCAUGUCCCGCGUCCGCCAGGUGGCCAUGCUGGUGGCCGAGGAGCAGAUCUCCAAGGAGAUGCUGCCCGAGCUGUACGAGGUGUUCUUUCCCCCAGCAACAAGUCCAGACCCCGCCGGCGCCGCCGUGACCUGCCCGGGGUCGAGGGGCCUGAGCCCCGCGGACAUCCGCGCGGGGCUGGGCCGCCUGGGCCAUGAGUUGAGCGUGGAGGAAAGCGAGCGCAUGGCGCGCACGCUGGGCUGGGGGGGUGGGCCCCGGGACCGGGUGCCCUGGCGCGACUUUGCCGUGGCGACGCUGGGCUGGUCAGCGCCGGGGCGCGCCGUGUUCAUGCGCAGCCUGUUCGAUCGCCUGGACAGCGACGCCAGCGGGCUCAUCACCCUCGGCAAGCUGGCGCGGGGGCUGGGGGAGUAUGGGAUCGACUCCGAGGACGUGGCCCUGGUCUUCUCGCAGGCCGAUACGGACGCCAGCGGCGGCAUAGACUUUGACGAGUGGUCCGCUUUCAUGGCCAUGAACACCAGGAGCCUGCAGGAGGUUGUGCGGCACAGGAUACAGGCAACCUGCGGGGCCUUGGGAGGCCACUGA